AUGGCUAGAGCUGUUUUAGAUCAAGAACACAAAGAACGGAAUGGUACACGUACAGAACAGUACAAAAAAGUACCGAAUGGUACGGAAGAGUACAAAACGACCAAUAGUUUUCUAGGAUUUGGUGAGACGUACUUAGCUGAAGAAGGAUGGGAGAGACCUCUUGAUUGCAUCCCUGAAAACUGUGUUGAAGUUGGCGUGUUGCACUCAGGAGGAUCUGCAGGAACUUCUGUGGGAAAAUUUAGCCUGGGUGAAUGUGCGUGUAUUUGCAAGGCAACACCUUUAUGUGUCCAAUUUAUGUCCCAUGUUGAUGGAAACUGUAUUAUGAAAUCAACUUUUGGUCCAAGAGGCAUAGAUGCUGCUUAUAUUGAUGGCAAACUUAACUGUUAAAACAAAACAUAAAAAUAAUCUAUUGGAAAAAAUUUGGUCUUUUAUUUCACAGAUUGGCAGGCUUAAAGCACUUUUAAUAUUUUAGGACCAUAUAUAUAUAUAUUUAAUAACCAAAUAUUUAAUCAGGUAUUUUAAGAAAAAGGAAAUUAAAAUAUAUUACUUUUUGUUUAUCCUUUUGUUGUGAUGUUAAUAAACAUACUACAAUCA